CGGGGGCGGGACUGGGUGAAUCCCUGGGGCAGGCGCGGGAGGAGACUGGCUGCUCGUUUCUCGACAGCACCUGCUUCUGGGAGUGGGUUGCCAAGUCUACGCGUACGCAACAGGUACUUCCGGGAGCGAGUGCCGUUUCCCUCGCACCGCAGGCGCUGGAGCCGUAGGUUCCGGCCUCUAAAGACCGGUUGUCCGUCGUGGCUGCUGGCCCCUCGAGUUCCCGUGGGCCGCGCAUCCCAGGCCUUCUCGCCUCCUCGGCGGGGCCUCCGGUGCCGCCAUGGUUCUGCUGCACGUGAAGCGGGGCGACGAGAGCCAGUUUCUGCUUCAGGCUCCGGGGAGCACGGAGCUGGAGGAGCUCACGGUGCAGGUGGCCCGGAUCUACAACGCGCGGCUCAAGGUGCAGCGCCUGUGUUCAGAAAUGGAAGAAUUGGCAGAACAUGGCGUGUUUCUUCCUCCUAAUAUGCAAGGACUGACUGAUGACCAGAUUGAAGAACUGAAACUAAGGGAUGAAUGGGGUGAAAAAUGUAUACCCAGUGGAGGUUCACUAUUUAAAAAGGAUGAUGUUGGACGAAGGAAUGGACAAGCUCCAAAUGAAAAAAUGAAGCAAGUUUUAAAGAAGACGAUAGAAGAAGCCAAAGCCAUAAUAUCGAAGAAACAAGUGGAAGCCAGCGUCUGUGUUACCAUGGAAAUGGUGAAGGAUGCCUUGGACCAGCUCCGAGGGGCAGUGAUGAUCGUUUAUCCCAUGGGCUUGCCGCCUUACGAUCCAAUCCGGAUGGAAUUUGAAAACAAGGAAGACUUGUCAGGAACCCAGGCAGCGCUCAGUGUCAUUGAGGAGUCAGAGGCCCAGCUGUGGUGGGCAGCCAAGGAGUUAAGAAGAACAAAGAAGCUUUCCGACUAUGUGGGCAAAAAUGAAAAAACCAAAAUUAUUGUCAAGAUUCAGCAAAGGGGACAAGGAGCUCCAGCCCGAGAACCUAUUAUUAGCAGUGAGGAGCAGAAACAGCUGAUGCUGUAUUAUCACAGAAGACAGGAGGAACUCAAGAAAUUGGAAGAAAAUGAUGACGACUCCUGUUUAAAUUCUCCGUGGGCAGAUAACACUGCUUUGAAAAGACAUUUUCAUGGAGUAAAAGACAUAAAGUGGAGGCCAAGAUGAAGGUCGCCAGUGGAUGAAGCUUUCAGAAAUAUUAGCUUGCUUCUCCUUAGGCAAAAUAACAACAACUAAAAGAGAUUCCCAUAACCUCCUGCAAAAGGUGUUGACAUUUCUAGUUUUUCUUUUAGUUUGAAUUUUUACAAUAGAAGUUAUUAAAGGUUCUGGAACUUAAAUACAUUCUCAAAAAAGA